AUGAAUGAGUUCCAAGCAUGGAACGAGGAACAAAUGCUUGGCCCGGUCUGCUAUGAGACUACAGGCGAAUGGGCUGAACAUCUCAGAAAAUGGAUGGCAGUGACGAAUAGGUGGUACGACUUUCAUCGAGAAGCCUGGCUAAACGCACAAAACUCGGCGUAUCAGCAAGUCUUUGGUAACACACCGUCGGCCAAUGGUGUCCCACCAAACCUACCAAACGGCUUCACAGCAUUUCAACCCCGUCCGGCUCAACACUUUGCUAAUGGAACACAACCAAAUGGAGCUGCACAUCAAAACCAAUUCUUCGCCCAAGCAUUCGAUGCAAAUCAGCAAAACCGCAGGUUCCGACGUUGCAGAAUUCCCGGAAUGGCUCCGCGUAUCGUCGCAGAGCUGAUCGACUAUGCGCUUUGCAUGUUUAUCAAAUUAUUAAUUCAUUAUGUGCUUCUGAGCUUCGAUCUUGUAUCGUUCGAUGCGUAUGAAGUGCUGUACGAAAACCCAGACCCAAUUAAUUUAUAUGCCCUAGCGCCGGAAUUACUACCAGCAGAGUUUAUCGCUAAGCUAUUAAUAUCGCUAUUGGAGGCCGUAUUUAUCGCAUAUGGAUGCGGAAGGAUCGGGAAGGGGCAGACGCCUGGGAAAUAUUUAGUUGGUGUACAAGUCAUCGAUGCAAAACAGACUGUCGGUGUGCCGGGAAGUCCCGAAUUAGUUGACGUAAAGGGUCGUCCACAAGUCAAAUUUACUCGAUCAUUGCUCCGUUCUUUCCUUAAGAACAUGAUCGUCAAUGCGUUUCUUCCGUUGGCCACGGUCACCCAUGCUUUCCAAUUCGACCGUGUUAUUUAUGACUUCCCGGCCCGUACUUUGGUGGUGAAAGCC